AUGUCUUCGUCUAUGCAAACCUUUGGUUUCCUUUUCAUCUGUUUUUAUUGUCAGGUGAAUGCUGUAGUAUUUCAACAAUUCCCUCCGCAGAUAGUAAAGGAGGACACUGUGGUCCAGAUUAAGUGCAGUCAUAAUGACAAUACCCUUCUAUCAAUGCUCUGGUACCAGCAAAAAGACAACAUGUCUAUGACCCUCAUUGGAUAUGGAUAUGGAACCAGCCCUCCAAACUAUGAGGAUGAGUUUGACAAAGAAUUCGAGCUGACAAGAGAAGACACAGUGACAGGAGCUCUGGUUGUACGCAAAGCAAAGCUGUCACACUCGGCUGUGUAUUUCUGCGCUGCCAGUUCCACCUUCUGUGUAAAAAUCACCCAGCCUCCAUUUAUAUUUAGCCGUGAAGGAGACUCGGCUGUGACUCUGCAGUGUGAACAAGAUGAUGAUCAAUAUUACAACAUGUACUGGUACAUACAGAGCGGCGGUGCUAACAUGCAGCUGGUAACAUAUUCAACUAGUAAAGAUACUGCUAGCACUGAAGCUCCUUUCAACAAGUCAAGCUACACCAUGUUCCGGCCUGAAAUGCUUCAGUCGUCUCUGCAGAUCAAGUCUAUGGAGGCUGGAGACUCAGCUGUGUAUUACUGCGCCUCCACUGUCACAGAAAUAGCAGCAGUCAGGUUGGAGCUCCUUCAUCCGUCAGUCAGCCCGACCUGCACAGCUGCUCUCUCUCACACACACACAGAGAUGGAGGCUGAGAUAUGGAGGAGCGGGGUGGGGGAGGGAGAGAGGAGAGAAGCGAAGAGACAUGAGAACACUGUGACCUACACUGAGCCUGCUUACUUUGGCCAAGGAACCAAACUGACUGUUUUAGAAGAAAAUCUACAGAUCACCCCACCGACAGUGAAAGUGCUUCCUCCUUCAGAAAAAGAGUGUAAAAACAAGAGAGGCAAUGCGGAGAAGACCAUUGUAUGUUUGGCCAGUGGAUUCUACCCAGACCAUGUCAGUGUGUCCUGGCAGGUCGGUGGAGAAGACGUCACCACUGGUGUGGCGACUGACAACGCUGCCCUGCGGAGGAAGAACAAGACUUACACCAUAACCAGCAGGCUGAGGGUCUCUGCCAAAGAGUGGUACAACCCCGACACUGAAUUCAAGUGCACUGUCAGCUUCUACAAUGGGACAGAUACAGAAUAUAACUCAGAUUCAAUUUCUGGAGACAAAGCUAAAGAAGGUGUCCUGACAAGAGAGAAAUAUCUGAAGAUCACACAGACUGCCAAACUCUCCUACGGUGUUUUCAUCGUCAAGAGCAUGGUCUACGGAGUCUUUGUGGCGUUCCUGGUGUGGAAGCUUCGGAAUUCGAGUGGAAAGCGGAACCACUGAGAGCUGAGCUGAGCAGAUGCAUUCUGGGAAGUCGAAAAUGUUUUUGUAAAUAAGCGCUGAACUUUGUAUGUUGCAGUGUAUUUGCAUUCUGCUAAAAUAGAUGAACAGUCAUGUGUGUAUUCUUGUUAAAGGGUAACUUCGGUAUUUUUUUGACAGGCUCAUAUUAUGAUUAGAAGUGUCUGACAACAUUAUAGAAAAGAUCCCUGCAGAGAUAGACCUUUUUGUUAAAGAGUAAUAUCAUUUUUAACUAAAAACAGCCUCAAAAUCUGUCUCAUCAAACCCACCAGACUCCAUUCAAAUAAAUAGUAAUUUAAGCGAGUACAGAGGCAGCAUAUAUUCACAUUUAACUCUGUGAAUUGAAGGUUUGUUUCUACCAAACCAGAGUUGGUGAUUGCAGAACAGUAGCAAGACAAACCACAAUUAUUUUUGAGUUUAAUUUUGUUUCUGUUGGCUUUGAAUAAAGUCCGUUGUACAAUGAUAAAAUUAUUGUUUAUUUAAAUGGAAUCUGGUGGGUGUGACGAUAGCGGUGUUUCUGUUUAAACAAAAAGGAUUUUACUCUAAUCUCUGUAGGGAACCUUUCCAUAAGUUGUCAGACACCUAUACUACCAAUCUGAGCCUGUCAGUGGCAAAAACAAGCACUUUAAAUAGACUCAAAUUGCUGGUGCACAAUUGCCCAAUACUGUUACAUUGCAGCCUGUUUCGUCGCUGCUGGUUGCGCACUCUUGCUCAAUAUUAAACCAAUUUCAAGAAUUGUUGUUCCCAUCAGUCACUUAGACUCAAAAGCAUGGAUAUAUAAAGUCCAGGUUGGAAAAUACUGAAUUUGCCCUUUAAGUUAUAACUGACAUGUAGAUAUGUUGACAUCACAUUUUCAUAAAUACUUCUGAUAAUAAUUCUGUUUGUGGUUGCAAAUUGCUUGUUUGCUUAAUUUGCUUCUCAAUAAAAGUGUUUCAGAGGAUCAAA